UUAACAAUUUACUGUCUUUCAUAAGCUCAUCAUCAUGGAAGCAGUUCAUUAAUGGGAGCAUAUCAAAUGAAUUAUUGCAUUAUCUUAUAAUUGGUGAGAUUGUACCUGCCAGCUGCAUAUGGAGAAGACAUCAGAAUGAUAUUCUAGUCAAUGUGUCUGACAAGGAGGACGUGUUAAUAAUGUUAAGAUCAGUAUCAGAUUCAGUGUCAUCUCUUGAUUUGAUAUCAUGGAUCAUUGGCCAUCUCUUACCUUUUACUCUAACUCACUGUCCACAGCACCUGAAAUCAACUGUGACGUGGCUCAUUGGCAGAUUGGUUCAAUUUGAAGUAAUUGAAAAUUCCCGUUGGCCUGAUAAUGUACUGAAUAUUUUGGAUUCAUUGAUAUCUUAUUUAUCAACCAGCAGGAACUGGGAGGAGUCUCUCGGUCUCCAGGCAACACAAAUCACACUGAACACCAAUCAUUCCUCCUCAUUGCAGCUGCUAAUUGAUUUAAAAUCAAAAUUAAAAGAUUUGAAGUUUGUCCAGACUCAACUCAACCUAACCUUAACACUGAAUCAACUUGAAGCGGAGUCUUAUGAGAGUGUUGUGUUCAUGGUUUUGGAUAAAGUUGUAGCUCCUGAGGUCCUGCCCUCUUUAUUUGAGAAUCAGGUGGUCCCGUUUUUAAGGGAAUAUUCUUUGUCACUCGAUAUAGUGUUACUCCAUUAUUUAAAACACAUGUUAUCUCAUCUCUCAAGUUUAUCCCCUGGCAGUUCUCAGGAAGCCAAAGCCAUUGCUAUUUUUAGAUCAAUACAAGAUGAUGAGAUAAGGGUCAGGGGCUGUGUUGAAUUUCUGCAAGGGGUCCAAGGCAUUCAAGGGGGCCUAAAUAUUUGGAGCAGCUCAGUGGAGGGUCUGGUACAGGAAUGCUUACAAAUGGAUUUCCCCUGCGUGAAGGAUCUUGCAAGGCAGUACAAUUUGUUGAAAGUGUCAAAUGUUUUGUUCAAGUAUCAUAUACAGGACUUUAACUUUUUGUUCUCUGAUACCAUGCAAGCCUGGCGUUGUAUAUGUUAUAUAUUAAAACAAGAUAAUGAAGAUGUUCUUGAGGAUUCUCUCAAAGUCUCGAAACUCUACGGUAUGGAAACUCUCAAACUGUAUCAGUUUCAUAUAACCGAGCUCUCUAAAAGACAUCAAUCGCACAAAAUAAAUAAAAUUUUAAAAUCUAUCUCUCCUCUUGGCACUGCUGUUUCUGUUGCCAUGGUAACAGGAACCUCAAUGUUAUCAAAGCUGGAGGCCAGUAGCAAAGAAUACACUGAACUGACUGAAGAACAGAAACAAGACUAUUUUAUUUCUGAUGACUGGUGUGUAUUUAUAGACACUGCCCUGGAGUGUUUUAAGUUUCUAUUAAUAGAACACGUCCAAGAAACAAGCAAUGGUUACUCUGUAGAGCUAGUUAUUGGAUUGCUGAAAAAGAUGAAAAUAUUACAGGUUGAUUACAAUGAGUUCAAACCAGUAUCUACACUGCUGGACUCCAGUCAUUGCUUGGAGCUCUUACAGUACUUUAUAGUCAAAGAGGAAGAGGAUGAUGCUGAUUCUUCUUCAGAGUCUCGCUUCGUUCGUCGUUGCCUUAGAUACGGCUGGUUGCUAGGAGUAACGGAGGCCCGUGCUUAUCAAGAGGUUAUGUCAGCCUCUUUAAUGAAAGGGAGCAUCAAACAAACAACUGAACUCACCAGGGUUUUUAUUGAGUCAUGUUCUACCCAGUCGCCUGUGGAUACUAGCAUUAUCAAGGAGACAGUGUCCAUAGUUACUUAUGUGUGGUCCUGCCUGAGAGAAGAGGAUGCACUGACUGAUACUAAUGGACAACUGCUAGUACAAAUAAUGAUGGAAUUGUCUUCCUUUCUUGUUAAUGUAGCACAAAAUGAUGAUUUAUUAUUUUGUAAAUUGUUACAUCGUCUUUGUCUCUUUCUCAAGUGCCUAUGGUAUCAGUGCAAUGGAGCAGUUACACAAGAUACAGUGAUGAAUGGAAAGUUUGGUUCAAUGUAUUUCACUGAGGACGGCUUGUCCUUAAAUUCCAAAGACAGCCUGCCACUAGCAGUGGAUUACUGUUUCUCAGUUUUACAGUAUAUGUCACACAGAGGACAAUUGAGGUUGUCUUCUUUAUUUCCUCUUGAUGAAGGAGCUGGUGCUAAAGCUAUACUGGACAUGUCUUGUGAUAGUUUAUUGAAAUAUCUCACCAAUAAUAAUCACACUCAGCUGGCAUUGAGUGUUUCAUGUCAGAAGUUUGAGAUUGAAUUAUUUGUGUCUUCACUAUCUUCUUCUGAAGCAUCAACAAAUAAUGAUGCUAUUAGUAAAGUGCAAAGUUUGAUUCAUUCUAUGAAGGAGAAAUUGACAUCAAAAGUGCUUGCUAGUAGAUCUGUAGAUCAUGAAUAUUUACUACUUCUAUUGCUGGAUUUGCCAGUUGAUGUUUCAGUAAAAAAACUAAAAGAAAGCAAAGGACAGACACUAUCAAGCUACACUCGAGUAAAAAAAUUUUGUAAAAUGUCUGAAGACUAUGGGACAUUAAUUGGGAUGAAUAACUUAGUAGCAGCCUCAAGGUAUUACUGUAUGCUGGCUGACUGGGGAAAGAAACUGGGACAACAUGAGAUAUCAUUUACUCGAGCAUUUCGGGGGGACCACAAAGAAAAGAUGGACGUUUUUCAAAAGAUGAUGGAAAAGGACUCGAUCACUUUAGAAAUGAUUAUACAGUAUUGCACUGAUUUUAAGAUCAACGUCCAGUCAAACCUUCAUGCUUAUGUUGAAAGGAUCGUCACCUGUUGGCAUGACAACAGUUGCUAUGGAGAGCGGCUAAAGGAGGUGAUGUGUAAAGUUAUCAAUACUGAGAGAAUUUGUAAAGAAAUACACAAACUAUUAGUAGAUGAGAUAUCAUGGUAUGAUUAUAAAAGGAUUGAGGUUAUAUUGGACCUCCUUUCCCUGUAUGAGUACAAUAUCCAGGACUUUUCCCUCAAUCUGGGCCUGGAAUUAUUGACAUGUCUUGGAGCCUACACUAGAACCGGUCCCUUACUGAGUAUUGAAGAGGAAUGGUGGAAAGUGCACAACGGACAUGGGGAUCCUGAAAAUUUCCCAAAUGAAUGGAGGAAGAGGCUCCCAUUUCAUUUGAUAUUUUUAAAAAGAGACCCCUCUCUCAUCAGCACCUUAUUUGCUGCUGAAGUAUCUGAUAAAGACUCACUGGAAAAGAUAUUACCAAUUUGUAAUUUAUUGCAAAUCAAUGUUGAUGAUGUAUUGGAAUGCUCUGUAUUGAGGCUGGCCAGUGCUUCUCAUGCUCACAUUAAAUUUAAUGAUAUUUUAUUGAUAAUGAAUGAAAUGAGGUCACACUGUAGGACACUGGAUACAGUUAAAGCAUUAUCCUCUCACUUAAAAGAUGAAGACGUCAUUAGUUUGCUAAGGUUUGCUGUUGAGAUUGCUAAUAAAUGGAAACUGACAUCUAGCUUACAGGACACAAAGAAGGCUAUCCAGUAUGUUGAUGAGAUGACUAGUUUAUUGCACACUAAAGAGACUGAGCUGCUAAUAGUUCAACAUAAGCCGUUAGAGGAAGAGAAGGAUGAGCUUGUAUCAUUGUGUGAUCAACCAAACCAACUGAUCAUUGAACUCUAUACUAGACUCCCUCAUCCAGCAAAGAGAAGAGUAUGGCCAGUUCAUGAUAUUGUGAGUAGGAUUGGUGAUAUAUGGAGUAUUAAUGUUUCUGAAAUAAGAAGACAACUUGCUAUUGAAUGGUUGCCAGUAUGUGGAACUACUAACAGAGAUAUGGACGCAACACUAUUAUCAAUGAUGGAAGACCCAACUGCAGCAGCACAGUUUGGUAGAGGCACUGAUAGUGAGGAGGAGGAAAGUGAAGAAGAGUCAAGCAUUAGAAAAUUGAUAUAUUUAAUGCAAAUUGAAUUAAAAGCUAACGUACAAUAUUUACUGAGAUGGGUUCAGAACCCGGUUAUUGCUGGUGGCUCUGCGUCUCGUAUCAAAGGGUUUCAAGUGUUAUUCUCAAUUGCUUCCAUUGAACUGAUUGAAGAAAUCAGCCAAUCAUCGAUCAGUGAUAUCAAGGAGUUUAUUCAACUGACGGUAUUUGUAUGUGAGCUGGAAUGUCUCCACAUUAAUAUGACACUUGAUGGCUUCACAGCAUUAAAUAAAGAAGGACUGAUUAGGACAUUAUGGCGAAAUCAUAAAGAGGAACCAAGAGCUCUAAGAUUGAUCAGUGAGCUGUGUCUCCAUUAUAAGAUACAAGAUACAUCAUUGUGGUCUAAAUUACUCGAACGAUUCCUGGAACUGCACAUGAUACCAUACUUGAGGCAUUUGUUAAGAAUAAUGAUUGACCUACCAUUGAUCUGGCAAGUUAAGAACAUUGCUUCAGUUUGGUACAAAACUGUGAUAUUUCCACUAUUGGAAGUUUCUGUACCACCAACUGAAUUUCAAGUGAAGGAGUGUAUAAAGUCAUUGGAACUAUUGCAAUUAUGUCCUUUCAUUCAUGAUCUUGAUAUAGUGAGUAUUGCUAAUACUUAUCAGUCAAUUGGAAUGUGUAAUGAGUCACUGAUUGUUGCCAGACUCUUGUCUGACGGAGAAAAUAGAAACUUGAUUAAAGAUAAUCAAGAAUGAUCACUUUUUGCGAUUAAUAUGCUGUUAGUUAGUACGUACUUUAAUAGUGUUGUCGUUUUAACUUGAUUUAUCAUUUAUACUCAUUAUAUACAUUAAACAUACAUAUUAUCUCACUCAUUACACAAGUCAUCUGAACCAUGCUGACUCAAACCAAUUCAAGCUGGUCACUGGUUUUAUAUGGUUUGGUUUACUUCAAA